AUGCGGCGGAAAAUCCAGUCGCUCAUCGUUGGCUACGGCGUUCCGGCCAUCUGGUUCACCAUCAACCCAAACGACAUUACGAACCCGGUGAAGCUGCGACUGGCGGCAUAUCGGACACGCGAUCCCGGCGCGGCCGAGGAGUUCCUAGAAGGCCUUGGGAGUGCGUACAAGCGGACAAGGCUGGCCAUGUCCGAUCCGAUGAGCGCCGCCGUAUUCUUCCACCGGGAGAUGAAGCUGUUCUUCGAUCAUUACGUGAAGGUCGGAGAAGACUCGAUGCUUGCCGACAUCCACGGGGAGGAUCAGGCGGCGUAUCGCGAGCGAAUCAUACGAUACGUCGAUAGUGUCUUCUCCGAGGAUCUGGAUCAGGAAGGGUUCUGCGCCGUGCAAGCGGAGCGAUCUGUGACGUCCGAUAUUUCCUCCCUGCUGGACAACACCGAGCAGUUUUCGGCCGCAUUUGACGAGGAGGCCAACUUCUGUGCCGGCGCUACACAGAUCCGGAGGACUCACAGCAUGGUCAAUCGAUGGAACAAGGCUAUCGCUGUUGGGCUCCGGCACAACCACGACAUUUCCUUCAUUGCGACGCAGCGCAAGACCAUGGCCCUUAUGUAUUAUGUCACGAACUACGCGACGAAGGUGGAGGACCCGGUGUGGAAGCGUGUGGCGGCCGCGGCCGAUCUCCUGGCCGCCUCAACGGGUGACGGCACGGCCAACGGAGGACAGGACGACGGUGGAGGUGCUGUUGGCGAUGACGCCGCCAAGGGAAACAGGACGCGACAGUUCUUGAUGAGGGUGGCGAAUCGUGUGUUCACGGAGCGUCCGCUAUCUCAGGUCGAGGUCGUCGCUCAUCUUCUUGGAUAUCCGGCCGAGUUCACCAACAGCAGCGCCUGGGCGUACCUGAACACAUCUCUGCUGUACUGGGAAGUCUUUCGACGGUGGCCGUAUCUCCGACGAGCAAGUGGCGCGGCGGCCAUAGAUGAUACUCUGGAUGAGUCGGUGCUCAGGCGGCCGGGCAAGCAUGCUACCGUCUGCCUCGAUGGCUACCUGAGCAAGGACUUCGGCCACAACGACGACGAGGAGUCGUGCCACCGGAGGGCAGCCGUGCAGCAUCUUGCGCUAUUUGUGCCGUGGGAGUCCUUUCUGUGCGAAGAAACAGCCGAAGACGCAAAGCGCGACGCCAAGCAAUGGGCGGCCUCAUCCGGCGAUGGCGAUUCCACGGUCGCCCACGUCGAGGAGGGCGAGACAGGCGAGGCGGGCGCAGAAUUUGCAGCGACGUAUCGGUCCAACAACAUCGGAGACGCAACGCGCCUGAUCGACGUCGUCCGAGGCGCAGUGGGCACGAAUCAGGUGACGGCCAAGUCGCCGGAGCUCAUGGCAAUGAUGCGGCAGCUCUGUCGAUUCCAGCAAUCGGCGCUCUGCUCAACGGCCGAGCUCGAGGCCAUCGCGAUUCCCGAACAAGGGUUGAGGUGCAUAAGCAUGCCAGGGCGGGUAUUUUCCGGGGCCGCACUACCGCCGCAGGAUCAGGUCAAGGCUAUCAAGUCGCAGCAGAUAAGGACUGCCGCGGCGCAGAUCAACGGCAUCACGAUCCACCGCCUGCGGGACCUUGACGGGGUGCGGCUGACAAAACGGGCGGAGCGGUUCAUCCACGGCCAGUCUCGGAUGGACUGGCAGGAGAAGGACGUGCUUGUCAUCGACGAGAUUUCGGGGAUCCCCAUCGUCCUCUUCUGCGGAGACUUUCAGCAGUUCCGGCCGGUCCAAGAGAGGUCGAUCGUCCUGCCGAGCGCGGCCAUCUCGUGGGACGUAGACAACUCGUUCAAGGCCGAGCAGCGGCACCAGCACGACAAAGCGCACGCGCUGUGGAAGAGAUUCACGACGGUCGUCAUGUUGAACGAGCAAAUGCGCGCCGCCGGACCGCACGGAUCUGGACCUCCUCAACUCAGGUGCUACCGCGAGGGCAGGCGGAUCCCUUGGGAGACUGGCAUCACCGUGGUGACGCCGCUGAACAGGAAUCGGUGGAACCUAAACAUGGAGGCAAGCUUGGCGUUCCGGGUCCAGCAGCGGUCGACGAUGCGCAUCUUCAUCUCCGAGCACAAGUGGAAGGAGGGCCUGCCGACCGAGGAAGAAGCGAUCAUGGUACUCAAUCAAGGCGACGAUAGCGCGAUCCCCGUGCCGGCCGUCUUCAUGUUCGUGGCCGGGAUGCCGGUCGUCGUGAACCACAACACCCAUCAGGGGCUGAAGCUGGUGAACGGCGCCGGCUACUCGGCGGUGGAGGUCAUUGUCGACAAGGCGUCCCCAGGGCAUCGAAUCUCGUCCGACAUGACGAUCCACUUCGGGCCGCCGGCGGGGAUAUUACUGGAAUCGGCGACGACAAAGGACCUCCACUUCAACGACGUCAGCCGGAAGGGAUUGCCGUGCGCAGCAGCCUUCGCCUGCACGGACUACAAGGUGCAGGGCAGAACGCCAGAGCGCGUGGCCCUGGAGCUGCGGGGACACGGACGACGAAAGUCGAUGGAAGGGCCGUGCCCUCGCAAUGCGACCCGUACAGCUUAUAUGUGCAGCUAUCGCGCUGUCGAACGCUAG